UCAAAAGCUAUCUAUACGUAGUUCAAACGAAAACGUUACUAACCAGUAUAACUGGAUUGUGUACUAUGGUUAAUGAAUGACUUAAUAUUAUGAUUACUACAUUACUACUCCAUAACAAAAAUUACAGAAAACAAUUUAAACGUAAGCAAAAUAACAUCUCACGACGAAGAUAACGUGAAGCGUCAAAUAUAACCUUAUAGAAUUAAUGGCUGCCGGUAUCAUUGAUUUGUGAGGUAAAACAAUUUUAUUUAGCAGAUAAUAUAGCUAGAGAUAAGUAUUGUAAAAACCAAAAAUAGAAAGGAAAGAGUUAAAGAGUGUUAACAGAUGCAAAAACUCUUCGUUCAACCACUAACAGUCACUAAAUCACUUAAUUCUCUUGAGACUUUUAUCUCUCUCUCUCUCUCUCUGUUAUUCCCAAAGCCAAAUCAAAAUUCAAGGGAUUCAACCAAAUAAAAAUGCUUCAUAUUUCUUUCGUCAUCGGAAUCUGAAAAUUUCGACGUGACAUGGUUCUUUCCUUCUUGUUUGUUCAUCGUUUGUUUUGUUCCACAACAAUGGGUGCAACGCUAAACCUUGUGUAUGCCGUCACUAUCAUUCUCUUCACAAUCUCAUCAACCUCACAUGGAUAUGAUCCUUUGGAUCCGUUUGGUAAAAUUACCAUCAAAUGGGAUCUUCUUCUGUCGUCUCCUGGCCAUCACACGGUACAAGUAAAACUAGAGAACAUGCAAGAGUACCGUCACAUUGAUAAGCCAGGAUGGAAGCUGAGUUGGCACUGGGAAAGCAAACAAGUGAUAUGGGACAUGCGAGGAGCCGAGACUACAGAGCAAGGCAACUGCUCAGCCUUUGCCUCCAGCGGAACACUCCCUCACUGCUGUCUCAGACGACCAACCAUCGUCGACCUUCUUCCCGGAUCUCCUUUCAACUCUCAAGUCUCCAACUGUUGCCGUGGAGGCGUCUUGACCUCUAUGUCCCAAGACCACACCAACCACGUCUCAGUUUUCCACAUGACCAUCGGAAGCUUUCCUGAUGACUCUGGAGAGUUCACUAUGCCUUCUAACUUUGAUAUAGGUGUCUCGGGUUAUAGUUGCGACAAUGCUACCUCCGUGGCUCCUACUAAGUAUAGUACUGAUAAGGGUCGUCGCAAAACGCAAGCUCUUGCAACAUGGGAAGCAGUGUGCGUGUACUCGCAGUUUCGGUCAUCACAAACACCAAAAUGCUGCGUUUCACUAUCUGCCUUCUACUACCGAAACAUUGUUCCUUGUCCUACAUGUAGCUGCGGCUGCUCGAGUUCCCAUUGCGUCAAGCCUGGUGAGAUGCCACCAUAUCUGGAGCAGAAACAUGAUCCAGAGGAGGAAGUACCGCCUGUGGUGGAGUGUACGAAACAUAUGUGUCCCAUACACAUCCACUGGCAUGUGAAAGUGAACUAUAGAGAGUACUGGAGGGUUAAGAUCACAGCAACGAAUCUCAACACGAUGAAGAAUUACACUGAUUGGAACUUAGUUGUGCUUCAUCCCAACUUAAAAAGCGUAGAACAAGUCUUCAGUUUUAACUACAAGUCCUUAACACCUUACCACAACGGCAUCAAUGACACAGGGAUGUUUUGGGGGGUCAAGUUUUACAACGAUGUGUUGCUUCAAGCAGGAAAGAUUGGGAAUGUGCAAACAGAGUUGUUGUUAAAAAAAGAUAUGGGGAACUUCAGUUUCAGAGAAGGUUGGGCGUUCCCAAGGAGGAUCUUGUUUAAUGGUGAUGAGUGUGUUAUGCCUUCUCCAGAUGAUUAUCCGAGGCUGCCCGGUUAUGCUUCUUCUUCUUCCUCCUCUGCUGCUUCUAGCUUUGUUACAAUCGUAUUCUGUUUUCUCCUUCUAUUUGUUUGAUUGAAGCGUUUUCAUUGGACCUGCACUGUUUUUUUGGCUUUUUCAUGAACAACAGUUUGGUAAUGAAAGCUGAUUUUUUUUGCAUGAAAGAUGAUUAUUACAUUAGAAAGCACGUAGUAUGACUGGAGGGAUGAUCUUGCAUCAUUAGCCAACAUAAAUCUUAUACAUUCAACUCAUCACUGAUCAUAUCACAAGUGUUUUAUUGUAAAUUUGUAAGACUGAAUUAGAAAGAACAAUUUUGAGAAACUGGAGCAGUACGUUGUGAUUCCAAGCGACAGUGGGAUAUACCAUUCAUUGGAAAUUGCUGAGAAGGCAAGGGAUACAAAUCGUGCAAUCCUUAUUGGAAAGUUUGAUCAGGUGAGCGAGUGACUCUCAGUCCUGGUUUGAUUGUUGCAGAUGAUUCUUGAACAAGUGAAAGGUAUUUACGUUGUGACUGCUGAACUGAUCAGAGGACAUGGUUAAGAGGGAUCCCAGCCUUCUUUGGAUAAAGGACGGAAGCUUCAGAUUCUAACUUCUCACACACUCAAGCCAGUAAGUCUAAUCUCUGCUAUCUUUUAAACUUUGGACUAGAUUUGUUGCGAGAUUAUGGAUAUUGGCUGGAAUGUGUGCUGCAGGUGCCAAUCACUUCCGAGUACUGGAUUCCAUCAAAGUCAAAGCCAAGGAGAGAGCUGAAGCUGCGGCUUUGUUUUCAUCUAAGGAAGCAGAAGAGGAGGUUAAGAAGGUAUCUCGGGAGGAGGUUCAAAAAGUGCCAGAUUCUAUGGAAGAAUCAGAGACUCCAAAAGUGGUGGCCCCAACACAGG